AUGGGUUAUACAGCUCUAGUUUAAGGUGGAUGGAGAAGUUGCAGGAGUUAAAAUAUUUGUAUCUUAGACACGUGUUGUUGAAUAUGACAAGUCAAGAAUUGGAUGCAGUCCUUUCUCAUUUGCAUCUCCUCCAACACCUUGACCUUUCAUACUGCUCUCUAACCAUAAUCCCCAAUGCUAUCCAAAACCUCACCUCCCUCUCCUAUAUUUUUUUAGAUGGCAAUGAGUUUAGUUCCAUAGUGCCUUUAUGCUUGGGGAAUAUGCCUCAUUUGCAAGAGCUUGGAUUGUCUUACAAUACAAAAUUAAGUGGAGAUAUAGGUCAAAUAUUCUGUGGCAAAUGGCCAAAAUUGACCAUGCUUUUUCUAUCAAAUAUGAAUAUAACAUCAUGGAGCAUACCAUUGUCUAUUGGUCAACUUUCAUUUUUGACUUAUCUUGAUCUCUCCUACAAUAAACUGAGUGGCAGUAUACCUUUGUCUAUCGGUCAACUUUCAUCACUAGUUGAGCUUGAUCUCUCCCAUAAUGAACUAAGUGGCAAUAUACCUUUGUUUAUUGGUCAACUUUCAUCUUUGGAAUAUCUUGAUCUCUCUUCCAACAACCCACAAGGCCACUUUUCUCUUGAUGCUUUCAAAAGUCCUAGUAAACUUAAUGACCUUGUCUUGUCUCAUAAUAAACUAAGUGUCCAAAUUGAUCCAAAAUGGAUACCUCCAUUUUCCUUAUCUAGUUUGGGUUUGGCUUCUUGUAAUAUUGUAGGCAUCCUACCUCCAUUCUUAUCAACACAAUAUGAAUUACAAGAUUUGGAUCUCUCACAAAAUAAUCUCUAUGGAAACAUUCCAUCUUGGCUAGGAGGUUUACCCUAUCUACAGUACUUGAAUCUAUCCUACAAUAACUUGCAAGGUCGAAUUCCAUUCACCUUGAACAUGAGCUCAUUUUAUAAUGUAGAUUUACAUAAUAAUAUGUUGAGUGGUUUGCUUCCAAUUCCUUCAAUAGUUUCCCCAAAUUUGCAGCUAUUGGAUUUGUCACAAAAUGGAUUCACAGGUGUUAUCCCAAUACCAAUUGGUACACUUCUACUUGGCAUUCAAUUCUUGUCACUUUCAGCAAAUUAUCUAAGUGGUGGAAUUCCUUCUUCCAUUGGUCUUCUGCAAGGAUUAUAUGUUUUGGAUCUCUCAAAGAAUAAAUUAUGUGGUAAAAUACCAUCAAGCCUAACUAAUUGCUCCUCUUUGACAAGAUUGAACUUGGGAAAGAAUUAUUUGAUAGGACACAUUCCAACUCAAAUUGGAAUGAUAAGUUCUCUCCAGACUCUUCAACUAAAUGGCAACAUGUUGAAGGGAAACUUUCCAUCAAGUCUUCAAAACUGUUCUGGCUUGCAAAUUUUAGAUGCAGGUGAAAAUUUAUUGGUGGGCAAUAUACCACUUUGGCUAGCACAAUUCUCUAACUUGAUGAUACUUGUUUUGAGGUCAAAUGAUCUUCAUGGGAACAUUCCAAAUCAAUUAAGCAAUCUUUCCAACCUCCAUGUGUUGGAUAUUUCAGGUAAUAAUUUGACUGGAGCCAUCCCACCAAAGUUGGGAAAGUUGAAAGCUAUAAUGGAUGCAGAAGUAAAAAUCUCAAAUAGUAGUCAUCAUAAUUCAGGUUACUACUACAAAGAAGGGGUCCAAGUGAGAAACAAAGGAUUGGAUCAAGUGUAUGUCAAUUCCAUUUUGUUACUUAUUACUUGCAUUGAUCUAUCUAGGAAUCAGCUAUCAAAUGGCAUUCCUUCAACAAUUGGAAGUCUUAAAGGUCUACACACAUUGAACUUGUCAGGAAAUAGCCUCACUGGAAAAAUUCCAAUUACUUUUGGAAUGUUAGAGCAAUUAGAGUCAUUGGACCUUUCAAAUAAUGAAUUAAAAGGUGAGAUUCCAAGUCAGCUAUUAAACCUCUCAUUUAUGAGUUCUUUCAUUGUAUCUAAUAACACACUUUGUGGAAGAAUCCCAACAGGGGGUCAAUUUGCAACAUUUAUUGAUCCUGCAUAUUUCUCUGGGAACCCUAGCCUUUGUGGAUUUCCACUUGAUAAUGAAACUUGUAAAUGUGGAACAACUAAUCAUAUCAAACCUACUCAAGAAGAUGUGGAUGAGAGAGGAGAAAUCCCAUGGCAUUGGUAUGUUGAGUGGAUGACAAGCUUUGCUGCUGGAUUUUGGGGAGUAUUUGGAAUCUUGAUUUUCAAAAAGUGUUGGAGAAGAAGAUUCAUUCAAGUCUUAGAUGAAGUUGCAAUUAUUUUUUUAGAUAGAAUAAGAGAUAUUAGGUAGGUCAAUAUAGUUUGACAAAUGUAAUUUUGAUGUGGAAAGAUGUAUUUCUCAGUUGACACAUGUACCAAGGAAGAUACUAGUUAAUAAAAUAUUUGUAAUUAACUAAUCAGCACAAAAAUCCACCAAUAGAAAAAUUCAAGUAUUUUCUAUUAUAUACAAAAUUCA